UUGUUAGAGGGCUGGCCCUAAACCAGCUCAAUGAGUUGGGAGAGAACGGGAGACUGUUGGUUGGGUGUAAGACGAAGAAGAGAGUAGACGGAGGUUGGGGGUCUGUGGUAGCAGAGUAGAAGGCCAAAACCAUCUAAAUACAGGUGUCUGUGCAGAGUACAGUUUUGUCUGUGGAAGUUGAGAGCAGGCUGAAAGUGCAGGUGUAUUUUUUCAUCACCUUCUGGAGAUUAGAAGUAACUAGAAAAGCAGCUCUUCACAACAUUUUGUCUGUAAAUCAUCUUAUCUCUGGUGCUUUUGCUACUGUUUUGUGAGGCAUCCAGUUCUCAGGUUGUGGUUUUUGUCAACACUGGAGGGGCUUUAACUGUCCAUCAUGAGGAGCCUGUGUGUGUCUGUAGUUCUGCUGCAGAUCCUGGGGUCUUGUAUGUGCCAGUUCCCUCGUCCUUGUGCCAACUCAGAGGGACUUCGGACCAAAGAGUGCUGCCCCGUGUGGGAAGGUGACGGCUCAGCGUGCGGGGCCCUGUCAGGCCGAGGCUUCUGUGCUGAGGUGGUGGUCUCAGAAGAGCCCCACGGCCCCCAGUACCCACACAGUGGGAUUGACGACAGAGAGCGCUGGCCUUUAGCGUUCUUCAACCGGACUUGUCGUUGCGCCGGAAACUAUGGGGGCUUUAACUGUGGGGAAUGCAGGUUCGGUUACUGGGGGUCAAACUGUGCUGAGUACCGGGAGUCGGUUCGUAGAAACAUCCUGACCCUGUCGACCUCUGAGCAGCAGAAGUUCCUCUCCUACCUGAACCUGGCAAAGAACACCGUCAGCCGCGACUAUGUCAUCUCCACAGGCACUAGAGCCGAGAUGGGUGAAAAUGGAGAAAACCCCAUGUUCUCUGACAUCAACACCUAUGACCUGUUUGUCUGGAUGCAUUACUACGUGUCCAGGGACGCUUUCUUGGGAGGACCGGGGAAUGUUUGGAGAGAUAUCGACUUUGCCCAUGAGUCUUCAGCCUUUCUGCCCUGGCACAGAGUCUACCUGCUUCACUGGGAGAAUGAGAUAAGGAAGCUGACGGGAGAUUUUAACUUCACCAUUCCAUACUGGGACUGGAGAGACGCCCAGACCUGUGAGGUGUGCACUGAUGCUCUGAUGGGCGGACGGAACUCCCUCAACCCCAACCUCAUCAGCCCUGCAUCCAUCUUCUCUUCAUGGAAGGUGAUUUGCACUCAACCAGAGGAAUACAACAAUCGAGAGGCAUUGUGCAACGGCACAGGGGAAGGUCCACUCUUGCGUAAUCCUGGAAAUCAUGAUCCCAACCGCGUGGCAAGACUCCCCACGACAGCUGAUGUGGACUUCGUAGUGGGCCUCCCUGAAUAUGAGACGGGGCCCAUGGACCGAUUCGCCAACAUGAGCUUCAGAAACGUCCUAGAGGGUUUUGCCAGUCCCACCACAGGUAUGGCCAUUCUGGGUCAGAGCACCAUGCACAACGCCCUGCAUCUCUUUAUGAACGGCUCCAUGUCCUCAGUGCAGGGAUCAGCCAAUGACCCCAUUUUCCUCCUGCACCAUGCUUUCAUCGACAGUAUCUUUGAGCGCUGGCUGAGGACCCAUGAGCCUCCUAGGACUCUCUACCCACAAUCCAACGCUCCCAUUGGCCACAACGAUGGUUACUACAUGGUGCCCUUCCUGCCCCUGUACAGAAAUGGAGACUAUUUCCUGUCCAACAAGGCCCUAGGAUAUGAAUAUGCUUAUCUGCUCGACCCUGGUCAGAGGUUCGUCCAGGAGUUCCUGACACCUUACCUGGAGCAGGCUCAGGAGAUCUGGCAGUGGCUCCUCGGAGCGGGCCUCCUCGGUGCAGUGAUUGCUGCAAUUAUUGCUGCAGUGAUUGUUGUUGCAAGAAGGAAAUGGAAGCGUAGCCAAAGGAGAAAGAGAGCAUCAAGCUAUGGAGAGAGACAACCACUGCUGCAGAGCAGCUCAGAGGAUGGUUCAGCUUCAUAUCAGACCAAUCUGUAGCACAGCUGGGUUUAAGGUGUUUACUGAGAUCUCUGACUCUGGAGAGGUGCUACCUUACACAUAUCUACUGUGCAGACUUCUGCUGUCAACCAAAUGCAUGAAGAAUCUAAAAAUGUCAUUUCAGAAACACUAAUACAUUCUGAAUGCACAGCUAAACUCAGAUUCCAUGAACAAUUAUUAUGAAAAAAACAAAACAUAAAAAUAACAGCCACAAAAAGUUUUUGAGUUUUUUUCCUUCUGAUCAACACAAACUGACUUCUAAAACACAUUUGCUGUACUUACACAGAUUGUACAAAACAAAUGUUUUGUGAUGCUUGGCUACAUAAGCAAAAGUGAAUUGAAAUAUUUGGAUGGCGGCAGAAGUUAAAAAGACUUUCAGUUAAAUACUACCAGGUCAAAAAAUAUGACAUUUGGAAUUCAGGUGACCUUUUAAGGUUGCACCAGUGGCAGGAAUUUAAUCAGGAAAGUGUCCCUAAUAUUUUAUAAAUUCAUGAACAGGCACAGCACACACAUUACCAGUGUACUGAGAAAGCAAAAAAUGUGAUCGUAUUCCUACCUUGACAACAUUUUAUUAACUCUGUGGUUUAUUUAUUAUUUGAUCAAAUGGAUCUGGAUUCAACUGUGAUUCUGUUUACAAGGCCCACUGUACCGUCUUGCACUAUAGCCUAAGUAGAAAAAAAAAAA